AUGACACUUGCCAAAGCUCAGGAAUUGGAUACCCAGUUUCCAACAUAUCGUGAAGAAUUUGAAAUCCCCACGUUUGGUUCUUUAGGGAUUACAUCUCCAGAAGGAAAAGCUUCCACAGAUCAGUCAACAUAUUUAUGUGGCAAUUCACUUGGAUUAUUGCCUAAGUCUACAAGGAAGUAUCUUCAGGAUGAAUUGAACGCUUGGGGUGCUAGAGGUGUAGAGUCUCAUUUCAAUCACCCAUUCAAUGAUGAAGAUCACACACCGUGGGUUGAUAUUGAUUUACCUUUGCUACCAUUAUUUGCACCAAUUGUAGGAGCCAAAGAAUCAGAGAUUGCCAUCAUGGGAUCAUUAACUGCAAAUUUGAAUGCUUUGUUGAUUCAUUUUUAUAAACCUAAAGGUACCAGGUCCAAAAUUCUUUUCGAAAAGGGUGCUUUCCCCUCUGAUUUUUAUGCAUUAUUGAACUUAGUUGAAAUGAACGGAUUUGAUAGCUCUAGUUUGAUACAAUUGUCACCAAAAGCUGGUUCGACCUAUUUGGAGAUGGAUGAUAUCUUUGAAGCUAUUCAAAAUCAUGCAGACGAAUUGGCUAUGGUGAUGUUCCCAGGUAUUCAAUACUAUACGGGGCAACUCUUUGAUAUUCCUGCUAUCACCCGCUUUGUGAAGAAUUUAAGUUCAGAUAUUAUUGUUGGUUGGGAUUUGGCUCAUGCUGUGGGUAAUGUACCUCUUCAAUUGCAUGAGUGGAAUGUGGAUUUUGCGGCCUGGUGUAACUACAAAUACGUUAAUAGCGGUCCUGGUGCUAUUGCAGGUAUAUUUGUUCAUGAAAAAUAUACUUUAGAUAAUGAUCAUUCGAAAUACGUUCCUAGAUUAGCAGGAUGGUGGGGAAACAAUUCUCAAGAUAGAUUUAAAAUGUUGGAGAAGUUUGAUCCCAUAAAAUCUGCUCUUAGUUACCGUCAAUCUAAUCCAAGUGUAUUGGAUUGCGUUUGCGUGAGGUCAAGUUUGAAACUCUUUGCCAAAGCCGGUGGAAUUAACACUCUUCGUCUUAAGUCGAUUGAGUUGACUAGCUUUUUACAAGAACUUUUAACCAAAUCUCCAUACUAUAUUGACCAGGAAUCGACUGAUAAAUCGCGUCUUGGGUUCCAGAUUCUUACUCCAUUAGUACCAGAACAAAGAGGUGCUCAAUUAUCAUUACUUUUCGUCCCUCAUAAUGAUGAGCCCUCUAAAAACGUGAUGGAAAAGGUAUUUGGUUACUUACAUUCUCAUGGCGUCAUCUGUGAUGAGAGACGUCCAGAUGUUAUCAGAUUAGCACCCACUCCAUUGUACAACACUUUCACUGAAGUUUGGCAAGCAGUUGAAUUGGUUGAUAAUGCUCUUGGCUUAAUUAAAAAAGGAAAUUUAUAG